CACCAAACACUGCGGUACCCGCGUGGGCGUAUCUGGACGUCAGGGGCUCGACACAUUCGAUCCGACAUCGGCACAGGAUGUAGCACAGGAAGACUUGCCCGAGUCGACGGCGCUGUCCUCAGCAGGACCCACAUCCUCUCUGGUGGGACGUCCCUCAACGUCAGGGUCUGCGUCGGCGACCGGAUCACCUAAUGGCAACAACGGGGCAAACAAUGACGCUUCUUCCAAAAAGUCCACCGACAUCGCAUCGAUCGUCGGAGGCGCCGUUGGAGGCGUGGUCGGCCUCAUCGCCAUCAAUCUCGCCAUAUUCUUCUGGCUGCGACACAGACGCAAUGCCACGCGCGACGCGCCGACGGGUCCCGUCGAUCUCACCACCGGCGAGGACAAGCAGUACUCGGACAAACCCACUGGCCUUCAAAUUCACGACCACGGCGUCCCUGCUAUGGAAUACAAGCAACCCGUCUCUCCGCUUGCUUCUGCGAGCCACAAGGUUUACGAUCCCGAUGACCCGAGCACUUUCCCUGACAACUUUGUCGCACCGUAUCCCGCGGCGAGUCCUCUCCAGCCUCCCUCCGCUGGCACAGUUAGCACUGCUGCAUACAAGGGUGUCCCGGAGCUCUGA